AUGGGCUGCAGCCUCAUGGGCUGGGGACACUCUCAGGCCUCGGAGUGGGCUCCUCACCCUGCAGCUCCAGGUCCUGGGACCUCUGGGCUGGGGGAGUACGCCGCCUGCCAGUCCAGCGCCUUCGUGAAGGGCAUUUUCACCUUCGUCACAGGCACCGGUGUGACCCUCGGCCUGCAGAUGUCCGCACAGAGGAGGUUUAAGUAUCCCUUCCAGUGGAACGUGCUGGUGGCCGUGGUCGCAGGCUCAGUGGCCAGCUACUGGGUGACGCGAGUGGAGACGCAGAAGUGCAGCAACCUCUGGCUCUUCCUGGAGACCGGGAAGCUCCCCACAGACGUGGGCACAGACCAGCGCCCCUAGGAGAGCUCCAGCCAGGGUGCACAAGACCUGGGCCCGGAGAGUUCUAGAACACAGCCCUCAGCACCUCCACACCCCAGGCCCCCCUCCCCCAUUGGUCCUCCCGGCACCCUCUGGGGAGUGUGGUGACAGGACUUCUGCACUCCCUGGUGCACUGACACUCCCUUUCUGGCCCUGUAUCCCCCACAGUCAUCGGUGACAGAUGCCGCCGGGCUUCUGGGACUAAUAAACGCCUCGCUUUUUCCCACC